GUGUAUAAUCCAACCAACCAUUGCUUGCAUUUUGCACAUCACAAGAUUCAUGUACAAAUCUAUCUACGAGCUGAUACAAAUUAUUAAUUAACAAGAGAGACUAGUACUAGUUUGAUUUAGAUCGAUCGAUGGAGGGAAAGCCGAAUUCUGCAACUAUUAAUCGUGUUUACGAAGACAUUAAACCAUCGGAAGAAUGGGCAAGGGAGGAAGCUUGUGACACUCUCCUCGUCUAUCUGCAGGGAUUUAGAAGGGAGAAUCUGAGGAUUCAAGUGACGUUAGCUAAUCAAAACUUAAGGGUGCUUGGUGAACGGCCACUUGGUCAUGACAACAAAUGGCAGCGUUUCUGCAUGGAAUUCCCAAUUCCCUCCAAUUGCGACACCAAUGCAAUCUCUGCCAAAUUUGAGAAUGACAUUCUCAAUGUCAAGCUUCCAAAGCUGAUUGAUCUCGCAGCAGUUAAAUCGAAUGACAAACCACAAAAGCCACCCACCACCACAGAAGCACCUAAGCCUCAAAAGCACACACCCACCACAGAAGCACCUAAGCCUCAAAAGCCCAUAAGCACUGGUGAUCUGCCACAUCCUCAAAAGAGGACUCAUGCUAAUCAAGAACAGAACAAGAAACACAAUGGUGGAUCACACGUGAACAAAAGUACUGAAAAACUUGAGGAGAUUCGUGCGAAAAAGGCCGAGGAGGAUUCAACAAAGGAGGUAUACAAAAGAGCAAUAUUCAGGGAUGAGAGGAAUGCUGGCGGUGUUGAUAGGUGUUAUAGAGCACAAGGUUAUAACUAUAAGCAGGUGAUUCAAGGCUUGGUCAUGGCAUUUGUAUUUAUUCUGGUACUUGGGUUGUAUGUCAAGCAUGUAAUCACUUCCAUUAAGGAAUUCAAAUGCGAAGAACUGUAAACAUGUAAUCGCGUUUUAUGUCUAGAAUCCAACUUGACAUACAAUCGAAUAAACUAAAUGCAUGAAAUGAA